AUGAAUACCGAUAGAGAAUUUAGAGGAGGGCCCCAACCUUAUAAUACGUUGGAUCAAAGAUAUCCCCAUCAAAGGCAAGUUCGCGAAUUAACUCCCGAGGAUAUUAAAGAAUGGAACGAUUGCAUGAGAUCUGGUUUUUACAAAGUUGGAGUACCUUUUGCAGCUAUAAUGCAGUAUAUUAAUUACGUUCGUAAUAAAGGUUCUUACAGUGCUUUAAACUCUUCUUCUAUUUUAAAAAAAGUUACUCUGUUUGGAAUUAAUUGCUUUUUCGGAUCAGUGUUUUAUUCACCAGUUUGUUAUUCUAAACUUCAACAAUCCGUUUUGGCAAAGGAAAAAAAAAGACAGGAAUUAGGGGCAGAUGGUCCCUUUUUUUCUAAAGGGACUACCAGCACCUUCGAAGACGCAACAAGUUCACAAAGUAAUUUGGAUCCAAAGUUUGAGGGUUUGGAUAAAACACUAUCUGGUGAAAAAAAUGAUACAUCGAAACCGUUAGAAAUGACUUAUGAAGAAUUAAGAAGAAAAAACAGAGAGAAUUAUUUUAGAAAUAAAGUAUUGCCAUACACUAAUUAUAAUUCUCCUCAAAGGGAAAAAAAUUUAUCGGAAUCAUCGACUGAAAAAAUACCAGAGAAAAGUUAUGAAUCCAAUUUUGUAAGGAAGAAAAAUAAAUAUGGAGAUGAUAUGGAAUAA